AGAAAUGUCAAUUAUUGACGUUAUCCGCGGGCGGUUGGACGCUGUUGAGUGCUGCGUCGAUGUAUAUUUUUUUUAACAAAAACGAUUAUUAAUUAAUUGACGCCGAGCCUGGGUAAUACUAGACGUAUUAACAAAUAUUUUAUUCGUGUAGUUAUUAUUGAGAAAUACUCAUUGUUGAGAUCGGUGAUUUAAUAUUACUAGUUGUACUUGUGAUGUUUGUGGUACAGUGAAGUGUUCUUGUAAAGAUCAUUACGAAAACAGCCACCAUGCCAACGAGUGCCGUGUAUCAACCGACCACUGUCACUUAUGAGCAACAACCAACAGACCAGCGUUGGAAUUGCCCUAUCAGCUAUUUCUCACGGAGGGUGACAAGUAGUCUGAACCGGGGGAUCUGCAUCAGGCUAGCAUUAUGUCUUCUAGGCAGCACACUCUUCAUAAUUGGUCUAGCGUUACUAAUUGCGGGGGGUAUGCAAUAUUCAAGCUCGCCUGCUCCCACACCGACGCCACAAGACGCGGAUAACGGUAUAGGCGCACUCAUCGCAGGCGGUGUCAUACUUUGUUUGGGCUUAUUAUUCGCAGGUGUAGGUGGUUGGGCAUGGUCUGCUCGUUGGGGCGGUGGUAAGGAGGCACCGGCGAGUGGAGCGGCAGCUCUAACCGCCCUCAACCCAUCAACUGAUCCAUUGGUGGCAGCUCAGUACGCACCUGUAAGAGACGCACCGCCCGCACCUGAUGAUGAGAUGCGGAAUCUUAUGGAUAACAAGGAAUGUUUAAGCAGUGCCGAAGAGAGCGACAAGAUGCUGGAUGGGCGGCCGUCCAUAGCAUAAAUUUGAUGUUAUAUAUAAAAAUAACAGAUUUCUAUAUUACGUCCCCCUAAUCAAGACUUUUAAAUUACGUUUAGAGAACCAAUUCACAGAACGAAUAUGAAUUUAUUCAUUUAAAUAACAUAUUCCAAUGCAUUAUUGCAACGUCGACUUAUAAUGGUUCACAUUUUUCCUUUCUAUGGUAAUAGACCAUAGCAAUAAGUUAGAUUUAUGCAUUUUUCGGUACAAAAUAGAAAAUUUUAUUUUAAUUAAACAUAAUUUUUAAUUGUACUUAUUCGAUAUCUUCAUCGACGCUCUGUAAAAUCGAUUUCCAAUUAUUUACACAAUUUUUCAGUUCUAAUGACGUCAUUGGUAUUGAGUUACAGAGUGAGCCUGCUCUAUAUAACGGCCCGUUUACCGUCUUAUGUUCAGAUUAAAACGGACCGUUAAGUCGGUAAACAUCCUCAGAUUUCAUCGUUCAUUAAUAUCGUGAUCUAACACGUGGCCAAAUUGUCGUCCAGGAUAAGAUAGAUCUUCUAAGCAUUUCUUCUAGAUUUAAGAAUUAUAUUAGCUAUAGGUCACUAUUUAAAAUGGACAUACAAUAUUCUUGGUAACAUUUAACGUAGGUGAAAAAAUGUAUUUACUGUAUAUCCUAUUAUUUUCGUACACUUGUAUAAGGCAACAUUUUUGUACUAUCAGCUAUAUAUUUCUCAAUGCGUAAUGCAAUACGUUUGUUUCCUUUAAUAUUUUCGUUGUGUGUUUUUACAAAAUAACUUUGGUUAAUAUCGAAUUUAGCACGAAUUAUGUAAUAAAUUUUGUUUUUAAUGUUUAUUAGUUGAUAGUACAAGCAAUAUUCAGUAUCGCAAUUAUAAUUCGAGCUUUAUAUAAUCCAAAUUCUAUUUUUAAAUAUGGUCUUGCAAAUCAUUUGUGCGACAUACGUUAAAUGCGCCGGCGCUUAUUCUGAUCUUCAUAUUUUAGAUCUUCGUCUUUUUUUUCUUAAAUUUGAUAGUCUGUGCGGAAAGAGAACUUUCGUGGGAUUUGAGGUUGCAGCAAUGCUAAAUUACUUUUUGCUAUGUUGGCAACUGUUACGUUAUAGUUCGAAUAAAUAAAGUGACGCAUAGCUAAUGAGUUUUUUUUUUUUCAUUUCUUACAAAUUCAUUUAUUUUCUCGUUCCGCGCAGACUAAUGCUAUGUGUGUAUUUAUUUUAUUAGAACCGUCCUUUUAGAUAUAAGUCAUACUUAUAUUUUGCCGUGGUUAAUUUAGCUAAAUACCAAGGUAGUUAGAGGUUGUGUAAGUGAAAUUUUGAAUUUACUGACAUAUUUUUAUUGUAGUUUUUUUUGAUAUUAUCUGUGGGAUCUAUAUGUCAAAUCGAUGUUCAAGUUAGGAGAUAUAUUAAUUUAAAAUCGGUAUUUGAAUACCUUGUGGCGACUUUGUAAGAGAUAAGCUGUAGUAAGCAGGUGUAAGCUCUCUUUAUGUUCUGCAAUAUCUAAUAAUGUGCAAUCAGACAUCACACAAUAUUUAUAAUAUAUUAUUUUAUUUACAUGUACUUGUAUAAUCUAGUUUUGUUAUGUUAUGUACUUAAAUGUUCAAUCUUCAGCUUAAUAAAGUAUUUUAAGUGUAUAAAAUAUAUGUUU